AUGGAGGUCCCCUUGCGCGCCCCGAUUGAACCAGUAGUUAUGUUGAUGGGCCACCAGACGGAGAAAGAGAUGGAGUUAGAAGUCGAAUGCGAGGACCACGGAUCCAAGGAUCUUACCAUAUCGGACACUAUCACCCAACAGCCCAUCUUCUACAUUAAGGGUAGGACGUUGACCAUGUCGUCGAGCUUCCGACGUAGGCUCUUCGAUGAGAAGGACAACCCGAUCUUAGGCUUCCGACAGAAGCACGAGGAUGUUAGUAACGAGUGGGUGGCGGAGAUCCCCAACGCAGAGCAAAUUUGCUCGCUUGUUUACAGGAAGCAGACCACCUCGACCAUCUCGGAACACUAUGUCGUCAAUGCUACCGUAUACACUAUCACAAAUGUAGAUGUACUGGUUGAGAUGCGACCUAUUGAUGUCGACGGCGCGAAUACAAUGAUCAGUAUUGGCGAGUCGACAAUCGCCACUAUUGAAAGGAUCUCCAUCGAUAACCCUCUUUUCGGAAGAAGCACUACGGCCAGGAGCAGAUGGAUCGUUCGGGUCGCAGCCGGCGUUGACUUGAGCUUGGUCAUGGUCAUGGUACUAUGUCGAAUUGAGGCGGCAGUAGUGAUCCUCUAUGACCUCUACCUCUGGGCCCAAUCCGUCGCCCUCAACAUCGUACACAUCACGUCCCUCCUCCUUAUCGAGAGAUGGCCGGUCCCCCAACCAGAGCAAAGCAAGAAGAAGCAAACCUCUCUUUCAACUUAUGCAUUUUAUAUCACUUACCGCCUUUGGAGCAACCCUCAGCUUCACCAAGUUCAACCUUCAAUCAAUCCAACAUCAGUUGAGAAGCACACGACAGAGCCACUUUCCGUAUUUCUAAUCCUGCGAGUCUCUAAAGGCCUCCUAUACUAUUCCCUUCACACUUACAUCCUACCCGCCUUCUUCUCCGAAACCCUAGUCGUUAUCACUCCCGAAGACGUCGCCCAGCCCGCCCUCAUACCUCGUCUCGCGGACCUGACCCUCCGUGGAGUCCUCAUACGCGCAUACACAGCCAGCUCCUGGAUCUGGCAAAGCUUCGCGGUCCUCGACGGCGCUAACGCCGUGUUAGCCAUAAUAGCCGUCGUUUCUGGCUUAGACCAGCCUAGCGACUGGCCCCCGCUCUUCGGCUCCCCGGUGCAUGUGUGCCGUGGCCUGCGCGGCUUCUGGGCGGGGUUCUGGCAUAGGCUCGCUGUGCGCUCUUAUACGAAUAUAGGACGUCUAGUCGCGCAGUCAUUGGGACUUAUUCCUUCGAUUAAGGUGUAUAAUGUGAGUAAAGAGGUCAAGGGGGAUAAAAGGGUUCAGGGGGCUCAGGGGCUCAUUAAGGGGCGGUGGAAGUGGAAGGAGAAUUGCGCAAAUGCGGUCGUGGCGUUCACCGUUUUCGCGAUCUCAGGGCUUGCGCACGCGGCUGUGAGCUGGAGGUUAGGCGCGAGGGAUUGGUGGAGGGAUGCGCUGUGGUUUAUGCUGAAUUUUGCGGGUUGCGCGCUGGAGACUGGUGUUAAAGCGGCUGUGUGGUGGGCGGCAGGGAGGCUGGGGUGGGAAAGAGAAUUACAUUCCAUUGAACAGAGUUGGCUCGGGAGAGUGGUGGGAUUUGUGUGGGUGUUGGUGUUCUUUUCUUGGAGCGUGCCGUUGUGGAUGUGGCCGAGGGUGUAUAGGGGGUUGGUGACGGAGAGGUUAAUGAGGAUGCUGGUGAAUGCUUGAGUGGGAUUAGAGUUUUAUUUAUUUGAACUUCGUAUAUGGGAGAAAUGAAACAAAUCAUGCUAUCUCUAGCACUAAAG